AACCUCACCACUCCCUCAUACAUCACAUGGAUCAACUAUUUGAAGACAAAGGGCCUUCUCUACCGAGAAGUAAUGUCCCUACACUAGUCCACUUAUGCAUAUCAUGUCUUCGCAAAAACACGAGUCAAAUCCAAGAUGUUGGACCCACACCUUAUCAUUUACUUGAACCUGUGCUUGAGCGGAUGUCCGCGAAACAAUUAAACCAACUUGAAACUGCCUCACCUCAACUCAUACCAUUCUCGGAUAAGUUGUGGGUGAAACUCAUCGAACGUGAAUUCCCUGAUAGACCUGGUAAAUUACCCUUGGAUAUCAAACUGAGUAUGCCUUAUAAGACCUUGUUUGAGCGGUAUGUCAAAGAUCGGGAAGAGUUUAAACAGGAUUCGGCCAUGAGGUUGCGUAAUAUCACACACAAGUUGGAGAGAAAGAAACUCCAGAAUAAAGUAGUUAAGUUGGAUCAAGUGUUGAAGGACCCUACUAUCAGGAGAAGACCAAGUCGAGAAAGCUGGAGUACCAUGACUAGUGCUCAGAAUAAGGGGUCGAUUUUAAGCAAAGUACGACGAGAUAUGCAGUCUCGGUCGAUUAUGUUUACUAAACUGCCGGCAAUGAAACGGUAUGACCCAUUUGAUGUGUUCAAGACUCAACCUGAGAGGAUACGACUGGUUAAAACAACGCCUGUCAAGAGAACUACAUUUUUUGAUGGAAGUAACGAUAAACCCACAAUUAAUACUACAACCACUACUAAUAAUACAACCACCACCAAACUGGAAUCUCCUCCCCUGGAGAACAAACCAAUAGUCGUCCCCGUGCUUCGCAAACGCAAGAGUGCGCCUUCAAUUUUCCUCAAGAGUAAACGACCGGCACCUCCGCCAGUCAAACGGACCCCAGAAAAGAAAAAAGUGUUGGAACAAUCACCUACAAAGAUCAAACAGAUUAAAUCUUCUAUAUUUAGCUAAUGAAUAUCACGACUUUACUUUUUUGAGAAGCUUUCCGGUAUCGGUAUCUUGCAACUUUCGCUUGUAGACUAGACUAUCCAGUUUUUUGUUUGGAUUUUCAUGUUCGUUUUCCAAGAGUUUUGCAUUGUCAUUGACACUUAUUGUUUGUUUGUAUGACUUUAUUCUUAGUCUUCCAUUGACUAGAACUCUUUCGGGGUUGACAGUCAUGCAAGCUUUAGCUCUGCUUCUGUCCAAUCCCAACGUCUUCAAAAUGGUGAGGAUAUCAUUACUGUUACGCAACUGUAAUGGCUGGGUUGCACCGCUGGAAAUAACUAGUCCACGGGAUCUACUGGCACGUAUCAAUUGAAGGACAUUGUUGAAGAAAUUCUUUUUAAUUAACUGAACGUUGGCAUGGGUCCCAUCGUACCCUAUUGCACCGGAUAUCAACCAAUUGUAGCAUAUUUCAAACUUGAUUCCCUUAUCGAUGGCCAGGCCUAUGAUCUUGUGUUUGAGAAAGAACGGCAAUCUUGAGCUUAAAUUGAGGGAGAUUAAAUCUACAUCCAAGUUUGUUAUGGUUAAUUGUAGGGCUUUUUCUGUGAGUGGUUGUAUGGCAAUCAAAUCAAAGUGGUUUUGAAGUUUAGUUAAAUGCUGGAUUUUCGAGGAAUCAUUGACGAUCAAGGUGAGUCUGGUGAAUAAUCUAAGUUUAGGAAAGUUGACAAGCUCAUUCCUGAGCCAGGUGAUGUCUAUGGGGUUGAUUUCAUUUGCAUUGUUUAUAGGUAUUUUAACCGUUUCGGUGAUGCUGUAGUUGAUUACUUGGUGGGUUAUACCAAGGGUGUAGUUUGUGGAUAUUAUAUUUUUCAAUUGUGUGAGUUGAGAAGGUGUUGGCUUGGAGGUGUAGUUAUCCACUGGCCAUGGUAUAUUCAAGUCGUAGGGCAUGAUAUUAGCUAAUGCCGUUAC